AUGGCCAGCACGCAAGCCCACCAUGACUGGACCGCGCCACACUUCAUCACGACAGAUGCCACAACGCCGCCCCAUAUCCACCCAGCCCCUGGCGACUGUCCUCACUCGCCCGAUGCCCUGGCCGCUGCAGUGACCCUGGCGACACUGUCCGACAACAGCCCGCCCACCAGUCAUGCUGACCAUGCCGACGACAACGACAACGACAACGACGACGACGACGAUGGUUAUGGCGGAGGGAUAUCGCUAGCAGACUACCAGCAGUUCAUGGAAGAUAUGCCCCCACCACACGGCGCCCUCGGGUCGGACGAAGAGCAGGGCCAGGACGAUGCCGCGGCCGAGGUGCACAUGCAAACAUUCCUAUCCCAGGUCCACCCUGCCUACAUCGCAUACCAUCCCUUUGAGAUAUUCGAUAUAUCCAGCACACCUCACAACACCUCCACCACCCACAUUCCCGCGCCACCGCUCUACAUGAGUCAUGUGUCCAGUGGCGACCCUGCACUUGAGCCACCGCCCACGCUCAACGAACCAUAUCUGAGCAUCCAGGACAAGGGCGCAUUCUGCCCCAUCACCUCCUACUUCCACCACUACUUCAACCCGGACAAGGCCAUCGUUCCCGGACUCGACCUCAUCCACGUUCCAAAUACAGUCACCCGAGACGACCUCAAAUGCGACCACUACGACUACCAAGGCAUCGACUGGGAGGUGCGCAAGACCACGCGCUCGGCCGUACGUGAGUCGCGAUUUGAAUUUGAGAGUGAGAAGCUGUCGCCUGGCUUGAAGCAAGUCCGAAAGAGCAUAGCUCCUACCCCAAACACAGAUGUCUUCUUCAACUUCACCAGAAUCAACACCACCCCCCGCGUCUUUGUUCCUCAUUUCCAGUUGCGGAACGUCCUGACAGCCACAUCCCGCAACGACAUCUACUAUGCCUAUGGCCACUGCGUCUACCGUACAGACGCCCAAGGGGCCCCUGCCGAUGCCGUCGUAAACCUUAGCAAGCGCAUAGCUCUUGAUGGCUCGGUGACCACCAUUGCUUCUCGAGACAACGUCCUGAUUGCUGGCGCCUUCGAGGGUGAGUAUGCAAUCACGGACCUCUCAUCUACCUACGGAUCACCAUGCACAUUUGGCCGCACCACAGAUUUUGUAACAGACACCAAAUCGCGCAUAGUCAACCACAUGCAUCUCUUUGAUUCACGGCGGACCUACUCUCCGCAGGCUGUCCUGUGUUCCAAUGACCAUCACCUCCGCAUUCUGGACUGCGCCACGAACACGUUUACCAACACAUUUGUCUACUCGGCAGCUGUCAACUGUUCAGCAACUUCGCCCAACGGACGGCUGCGAGUCGUUGUGGGGGAUUUCCAGGAAACUCUCAUCACCAACGCCGAGACAGGCGAAGCAUUUGAAACACUAAACACACAUGCAGACGACGCAUUUGCAUGUGCCUGGGCAGACGAUGGCGUCCACGUUGCAACGGCCGCCCAGGACUCCACCAUUGUUGUCUGGGACGCACGCUACUGGCGCGAGCCCCUCACCGUCAUGAAAAGCGAACUCGCUGUCCCACGCUCUCUGCACUUUUCGCCCCUGGGCUCUGGCCCCCGCGUGCUCGUCGCCGCCGAAGCAGACGACUACAUCAACAUCAUCAACGCGCAAACGUGGGAGUCGAAGCAGGUCUUUGACUUUUUCGGUCCCGUCGGCGGCGCAGCUUUUACCCCCGACGGCCAAUCCCUCUUCAUUGCCAACGGCGAGAAGCGCUUCGGCGGCAUCAUCGAGCUCGAGCGUGCGGGCUGGCCUGAUGGAUCCGCCAGGCGUAAUAGCCUUGAUCACGAAAUCUGGGACGACAUCGCUACCGAUUGGGCACAUGACGAUGUGCUGAGUCUGACCUGUGGCAAGGUUCAUGGCGGAGAUGUGGCGCGCCAACGACGAAAUGUCGAUUUGAGUCACGUUGUUGUUUGA